ACACCAUAAAAUAUUGUAUACUACGUUAAAAUUACGUAUAAAAGCAUUACUAGACGUACUACAAGAAUCGGCAUAUACACCAAGUCCGUGGACCAGAAAAAUAUCCUGACACUUGACCCUUCAUCGCAAGCAUUACCACGCAUUUGAUUUUCCGCAUUAAGAAGAGAAAUCAUUACCCAACAUAAAAAACUCUUUAACUCAUCCCCCAUCACGAGGUUUAAAGAUACACGUACCAGUUCUCCAGUAGAACCUGCAUUUUCCCCCGCUUUAUCACAUAUCCAUAUCUAAACUAUUUACCCCAUUUUUUUUGUCUUUAUAUUAUUGCUUUAAAAAUGUCUGAAAACUUGAAACGUGCAGAAUCUCUUUUCAAUAGAAUAAUGAACCAGAAUGGUGCAUCAUCUUCGUCUUCCAACGGGGGUAACGGAGCCAAGAAUGGAGGUGGUGGAUUGAAGAGUAGAGAUGGUCCACGCCACCAUAACAGUCAUAAUGAGUCGUUUACUCACCAUGGCAAUGGGAAUGGGAAUGGUUCCACCAAUGGUCAUCAUCAUCACCAUCAUCAUAAGAGUGGAUAUAAAUCAUACAAUAACAAUAAUAAUGGUGGUAACCAUCACCAAAAGUCUUCUUUGGUCCCCAAUCCAAACAUUGAGUUACCAAAGAAAGAUCCCAUCAAGACUGCUGAAGAGACUUUACGUAAGAUCCCUGCCAAUCAUCAUAUCUUACCGUAUUGUUGGACGAUAUGGCACCAUUCCAGAGCCAAACCAAAGCAUAGAGACUUGGACGAACUGCAAGGAAAUGCAGAUGAUACCGGGGCUGCUACAUCUUCGUCUACUUCUUCUUCUUCUGCUUCGACAGCAGCAGUAGCUGCUGCUGCAAGUGCUGUUGCCAACUCUAGUUCAAAUAGUACAUCAGAAGAAGCAAAUCCUGCUCUUGCAGUCAAUUCUUACUUACAAACUACCAAUGAAAUCCAGUUUGCACUGGUUGAACAAGCUGGAGAAACUACCUCAAACAUUGGAUCUUUAGAACAAAUGUGGGCAUGUUUAUCAUCAGUUAAGAAGAAGUAUGAAUUACCAAUUGGCACUGAACUUUUAAUCUUCAAGAGUGGUGUCAACCCAGUUUGGGAAGAUCCUAUAAACACCAAAGGUGGUAGAUGGGUGUUUAGAUUUAGUCGUCGUCCACCAAACAAUGGGAACCAUGAUGCUGACACUGCUAUGAACAUUCGUAGGAAAUCCAGUUUGAUUUGGGAAAGACUCAUUCUUAAGACAUUGACUGGAUCUAUCAUUCCAGAUUCCACAUAUUCAGAAGAAAUUCAAGAUCUUCUUCUUAAUGAUAUUUCUGGAUUGGUUUUAAGUGUUAGAAAAGAUGAAGAUAUCAUUAGCAUUUGGAAUUCUAAUUUGAACUUUAACAAGAAGAAAAUAAAUAAUGGAGAAGAAGAAGAUAAGAAGAAUUCCAAUUCCAAGAAACUUACCUCAUUUCAAGCUAGAAGAAUUAUUUGUGAUUCAAUCUUGAGAAUUAUUAGAGAAUGUAAUAUGAUUUCUCAAGGUUCUGAUAGUAUUGAUACAUUAGAUUCUGGAUCAAAUGAGAGAGUUUAUGGAGUUUCCUUUGAGUACAGAUUACAUUCGGACAAUAAUCCUCCAAAUUCUGGUUCCGAUAAGCCAUCAGGUCGUCGUUAUCAAAAGCUGUAUAUAAACAAGGCUGAAUCUGUAGAAUAA